GCGAGAAAGUCAAAGCCAGAGUAGGCGUACGCUAUUAUAAAAAAAGGAAUUGAAAGCAUAUACCGUUAUAUGUGUUUGUAUGAGAAGGGGAGAAUGUCAAGUAGUAGAAAGCUUGUAAAAAGUACGCCUUGCAUUAUUAAAAUUCCUUUCGUGCGCAGUCAAGAGGAAAACAUGACACAAAUUGCGGAACUCAAACCCCACAAUACGAAGCGCUACCGAAAUCAGCAACAACAACAACAACAACAAUAGCAGCAACAGCUAAAGCAGCAACACGAGCGGCAGCAACUUUUAAAUACAGCAACCGAGACCAAAAAAAACCAACAACAAAGUAAUAGCAAAAAGGCAGACCGAACUGCGCUCAAGCACGCCAACUUGGAAACUUAAGGAAAUUCGCAAACACACACACACACUCAUGUAUGCACACACAAAUACGUAAAUACGUAAUCAUAGCAGAAGCUCGCGUCUCACUUUAAAAUCGCCUUCAAUGCACAACACUCGCUAAUAGUGACUGCCAAGCUGAAGUGGGACCUUAGCAGUCGUUCUUUGCGAUUUAUGUUAAGGACAAGUGGCGCCAUUUGUUCAGUGCCUCCAUACUCGAGUCACAACUGGCGACGACAACAACACAAGCACAACAGUAGCCAGUGAGCGUGCCACAAAUGUGGUAAGGCGGCACGGCAACGGCGGUACAAGCGGUUUGUAAACAAACGCAGCCGCAACGAUUAACAAGGAUUCUUAGUUGCAUUGCCAGCCCCUCAUCUUGGGCUUGGCGUUUGGUACAUCAUACUCGCUACGUCAUAGCAACGUUUACUAGUGCCGUAGGUGUUUAACACAAUAGCACAGACGACGACUACGACAACGAAAACGGCGACGAGGACGUCGAGGACGUUGAGGACGACUCGGUACUUGAGGACAGUGACGCUGUGGCAUUCGGCUCGGCAUGGGUGACCUGCAAGCAACAAUUGAAUUUUCCGUUGAGCUCUAUAAAUUCUUCAAUGUUGACUUAUUUCAAAGAGGACUCUAUCAGGUGCGCUGCGGUCUACGUGUUUCUCCACGGCUCCCCGUGCAGGUGGAGACCAGCAUAGCAGACACACCGCAGAACAAUGCACACAUGGCGGAAAUACACACACAGGCGCCAGCAACCACAAAUGGUUGCAAUGGUGGCGAUAGCAGUGGCGGUGAUGGCGGCGGCGGCGGCAGCAGCGAUGGCGAUGUGUUGCAAGAGCCGCGUGAACAGCAACAGGAUGCAUUGCCAAGCAUGUUGCAGAACGGCGGCAGCCUAUUGUCGGGAUCUGCAUGCAUAAUUAACGGUUGUGGCGCAUCGCGCGUCUUUCAGAUCCUCUACCGGAAUGAGGAAGUGACGCUGCGCGAUGUUAUACACUUUCGCACACACUUGUUGGUUGACAGCCGUCACUUGAAGGAAUCCAUUGAACGUGCGGAAUUCUCAUUGCAAUUGGAGUUGUGGUUUGGCGAACAAAACGGCACCAGCGCAUUAUCAUUGGCCUCCACACGCACCUUACAGCUGAAUUUCCAUCCAGGUCGAGGGCUCCAUUACCAUCUGCCGGUGCUGUUCGAUUACUUCCACUUGGCCGCCAUUAGCGUUGGCAUCCACGCCAGUUUAGUGGCUUUGCAUCAGCCCUACAUAAAGAAAACACUUUUCCGUUACAUGAAACUCUGCGCGCCUAAAAGCUCGAAAGCUUGGAGCGGCAAGCUGAACUGCCGUGGCAGUAUGUCGCCCGGUCCAUUGGAGGCGGUCUUUUUUGGGCCACAAAUUGUGGGCACCACCAAGUGCAGCGGCGGUCCCGCUGGACGUUUACUGCAAUCGCGUCAAAUACAUCACGAAGUGUGUAGCCUACUGUUGGGCGCCAUUGAGAAUCUUAAGGUUACGCUCAACGAGUUCAGCGCAGUGCUUACGAAGAGCAUGAAUAAUCAAAUCGGCUCACCACCAUUACGCGAGAACGAUACCACGGAGCGUUUGCAGCAUUUAACCGAAGAGGCGAAGCUUCACGACACCGAAGAAGAUUUCGCGAUUCGUGCAAAUUCCGACAUCGCACAGCUGUGCGCCGAGUGUAUCAUGUACUGGCGGCGUGUCUUGCUCGCCUCCUCACAAACGGCCGUGCAUACACUGCUCGCCAAAAAACAUCAUAUACUGCGUGUGCAACGCUUUGCGGAAGGGUUUUUUGUCAACGAGAACCCGCGUCAUUCGGCGGCCGGUUGCUAUGAUAGCAACUAUCAGAAUUAUGUAGCCAUCGCAGAAAUGGCACGUCGUAGCCGUUAUCUACAGUCGCUGCCACCGCUACCGGUACACUGCACGCCGAUCGAUGGUGAUGCGAGCUCUUUACCAUUGAUAUUUGAAGAUCGCUAUGUCGAACCGCCGAACUAUACGCGUCGUCGUACCGGCAGCGAUCCGCAUUUAAAUAGUCACGAGAGUUUGGUGAGCUCUUGUGGCAGCAGCACAACGCCCAAACUACCACCGCCGCCAGCAGCGAGCAUGCUCGAUAAGACACACUCAGUUAAUAGCCUCAGCGGGCGUAGUACUAAUUCCAAAGAAUGCUCGUGUACCGUAAAUUUUGAUUAUCAGAAUAGUCCCGGCUGUGUGGCUGGCGUGCUGACGCCACGUUUCGCUUUGGGUGGUGAAGUAUUGCAAGCAAGUCUCACUAUUUCAACCACAGCAGCGGCCAAAGCACCGAGUAAUAGCGCGCUAAACCAUCGACAGAUGUCGCGGCACUCUGUUACCGGUCUACUUGAGGCUGACGAUGAUUCAGUGACUGCAAAGGAAUGCAGUUACAAUGCUAAUAGCACGCUGCCAGCGCGGCACAGCAAGUCAUUGGACCAACUGGAUGGCACAGUCCACAGCACGCCCUCCUUGCGCACACACAGCCACACACAACAGCUCAACAUGCAUGGUUCCUUACAAACGCAAUCAGAUUCAAAUUAUAAACACUUUAGUGAUGGCGCCAGCGUAUCCAGUUUGGCCAACAAGGUCGAACAAUCGGCGACGCGCAAGCAUAAAGCACAAGCUGAAGAUCUCAUGCGCAAUAUUUCCGAGUUCCGUCAGAAGUACAAGAACUGUGAAGAUGGUACACGCUGUGAGACCAAACUGCAUUUAAAUGGACACGCUAAGACCACAAAUAAUCUAGCUGUAAAUGGUUGCAACCGUGCCGACGUAAGCACACUUAAUCGGCAGUUAAGUACGGGAAAAUUCGAUUAUUUGCACGAGAUACGCAUGCUGAACUCACCGAAGCAGCUAACGCUAUGCUCACAUUACAACUCGUUGCCAAAAUACAAUGGGAAUGGCUUGAUACCGCCGCGAAACUCAUAUCCACCCAUUAAGUCCAAGAAAAUAAAUGGUUGUAUAGAGAACGAAGCCAAAGCCGCCAAGCAGAUAGUGACGCCAAUACAACAACACACAAUACCGCGUAGUAGCUCUUCACAAGCUUUACGUCAGAAGUCCCAAGGUGAUGUAAGCAGUCAAGCAGAGUAUGCGUCAACCAUACCGCGUUCGGUUGAGAUCGCACGGGUGCGUGUCUCCGAUCUCAAAGAAAUGUUGAAGAACGGUACACUCAAGAAAGAGUCAAGUAGUUCUGAAAGUGAUAUACCCUCGAAAGUGCAGUCCUCGAAAAGUAGUGACAAUAAAAUGCUCUCUUCUCUUAGUGUACCAUUUAAAUUAGAGUCGCUGAAUACGACUAGCAGCGAACAGAAUACUAGUGGCUUUAGCGAAUCAUUACCGAAUCUGGCGCCACCACCGCAAUUCGAUGCGAACACGGGACAAAAGCGAAAACUUGUGCUAAGCAAUUCCACGUCGUCGUUGAGUGAGGAGAGUGGUUGGGUGUCGAGUCGGCGCAGUUCACUCGGUCCAUCUAGUCCAGAGACCAUUACAAAUAACGAAAAAAAUGAAAAGAAUGAGCAAGUACAUAUCAAUGGUAUGGAGACUCGCUUAAAUGGCGAGCAACUACGUCUUAAAUUACAACAACUAUUGGAUCAGCAAACUCAAAAGAAUAUUAAAAAGCACAGUACAGCAAAACAGUCGAGUCAAAAUCACAAAAACAAUGCCGCAAACAAUGAAAUGUCGAUACAACGUAAGGUCUCAUCUGUAACGCUGAAGAUGAAACCAGACUUUAAUAGAACCGAAUUGCAUUUACGACGCCGUCUGCAGCAUUUAACGAAUGGCGAAUCCACGGAAACGGAUGAUUUAGAAAUCCCUGCACGGCGCGAACGUUUAAGACAUGGCAAACACGAAAAAUCCAAAUCAGAUUUCGAUCUAGCUAGUUUAAAAGAAAACACACCACUAGAGAAUGUGCGCGUACCGCCACCACAGCAGUUCCAAGAUGAUUUGCUGCCACCCGAUGAAUUUCGUGAUCCACCAUUACCCGGUACACAUGAGAAAUUUACGACAGACACAACGAUUCCCACAAAUACAACAACCAUAAUCUCAACAAGACAUGGUAACAAUAAGAAAACUCCUUCCACGCAGUCCGCAACGUCGAAAAUACAGUCAAGCAACGAAAUCAAGUUGAUGCCGACACAAAUAUCUAAAACAAAGCUAAAGCAUCAUCAAAGCUUUAAUAUUAGUCCAAAGAAGAAUCAGAGUCGUCCGUCGCAUACAACAACAGUGCAGACACAAAAUCUAUACGCAAUGCAAAAAUCUUCGCCGACGACGACACUUCUUGCGAAACCGUCCCAAAUAAAAGAAAUUGCCACCCCGGAUCAAAGCCUUUUAAAACUCAUGGAGCCCUCGCAUGCUAUCGACAACCCAGUCUAUCACAUAUACGAAUCGUUGAAACCCAUCGCCACACCCGCCAUAUUCACAAACAAACCGUUAUUAAAGUCACACAGCAUCUUGGAGCUGAAACAUAGUCAUCAGCCGUCGAGUGAACUCUACAACAACCACUGCAGAUCAACACCGCAUCAUCACAUCGCCAACAUAAACAAUGGUGUUACGAAUGUGACCCACAAUGGACACGGCCACAGCCAUAUGCACAGUCAUGAGCAUACCAACGAUCACACCAUACAUACGCAUGCGGUUGAACUCACCGAGGACGAAGAUAAGGAGAAUACCAGCAACACACAAAAUAAAGCCAUAGUGGCGCGAACCGAUAGCCAAAAGUCGAACAGUUCCAAGGUGUUGGUUAAACGCACAAAAACCGCUGCUGUCGUCGGUAGUGGUCAAGAUUCCAAUGUUUCACUCAUGGAGUUUGAAAAGUAUCGUGAAGAAUUUCGCAAACAGAUCAAAUAUACCGGUAGCAUUUAUUCGGACUUUGCUAAGCUGGCUUCCGAACUGCCAUACUUUAGCAUUUGCGAUGAGUAUCGCGCCUUUUCGCCCAACGGUAUGCAUUUAAUUAUCUGUGUUCACGGGUUGGAUGGAAACGCCGCCGAUUUGCGACUCGUGCGUACUUAUCUAGAGCUCGGUUUGCCCGGCGCUAACUUGGAGUUUCUAAUGUCGGAGCGCAAUCAAGGCGAUACGUUUUCCGAUUUUGAAACAAUGACCGAUCGGCUUGUAGCUGAGAUACUAUAUCAUAUAGAAACAUGUGGUCUGAAUCCAACACGCAUUUCAUUCGUCGCACACUCUUUAGGUACGAUCAUAGUACGUAGCGCUUUGGCGCGUUCGCAAAUGCGUCCAUUACUACCGCGUCUACACACAUUCCUAUCGCUGUCUGGACCACAUUUGGGUACGCUAUACAACACUAGCGGGCUUGUCAAUAUGGGCAUGUGGUUCAUGCAGAAAUGGAAGAAAUCCGGCUCACUUUUACAGCUUUGUAUGCGCGACACAUCGGAUCUACGCAAUACGUUUUUAUAUCGUCUUAGCCAGCGCAGCACCCUGCAUCAUUUCAAGAAUAUACUGCUCUGCGGUUCGAGUCAAGAUCGUUAUGUGCCAGCGCAUUCGGCCCGUCUGGAGCUCUGCAAAGCCGCCAUACGUGAUAACUCCAAUCUGGGCACAGUUUACAGGGAAAUGAUACACAACAUAAUCGCACCGAUAUUGGCUCGUCCCGAAUUGCAGUUAGCGCGUUACGACGUCCAUCAUGCACUUCCGCAUACAGCAAAUACGCUCAUCGGUAGAGCAGCGCAUAUUGCUGUACUCGACUCGGAAUUAUUCAUAGAGAAAUUUUUACUGAUUGCCGGCUUAAAAUAUUUUAGUUAACCAAGAAAUAACUAGAAAUUAACCAACUACAAAUAGAGGAGAUAAAAAUUAGGUAUUGGCUUAAAAAAUACAUGGUACGAACACUUGGGUCACAUGUUGAAGCCAGUUUAGUUAAAAGCUAUUUUGUGGUCGUAGUUGUUGAUACACGCUUUAGAGGUAGUUAGGUAUAUAGCUGGUAACGGAGGAAUCACAUGACAUAGAAGAGAAAACUAUUACGAAGGAUUUGAGAAUUGGCACGGCGUACAAAUUUUAUGUAUAUUUAUUUUGAAAACAUAAAAAAAAAUAUUUUAGUUGAGCGGCUCUCAUUGUUUUAGCUAUAGGUUUCGAAAUUGGAGACCUACGGGAAGGAAAACUCUUAUAAUUCCAGGCAGUUUUGAAAAUGUUAAGUAUUUCUACCGAGUUUUAUACUAUAUAAUUGAGUUAUUAAAACAGCUGGCUUACCUUGGACUUAAAAUAGGUCUCAUCUUUGUAGAAUCUCGAAUGAGAUCUGCCCAGCUAAAUACUAUUAUAUCAAACAAAAUACGCUGUAAAGUAGGACGGAGUAGGACAUUAAUUUUAAUGAGAAGAAGUGAGUUUUUUAAAAGAGAGACCGCUGCCUGAAAACAAAUUUGAGUAAGCGAAGUUUUCUGUCAAUAAAAAAUCGCCAAACUAUUUGAAAAAGUACGCUUUGAGAUUGAAGAAAUUCAGAUUAUAAUAUGAGACCGCCAGCUGUUUAACAAUUUAGCAAAUGAAAAGUCGAUAUUACUCCGAUUUGUUUCCGAUAAGCGGUUCGGUAAUUUAUAACGAUCAGAAUAAUUAUCGAAGACUUAAGAAAGAGUGUGUGUCAUCUGCCUGAUCUACAGGUACUUAUUAAACACAGAAAAGGAGCUGACGAUUGUUGAUUUCAUUAUAUAGCUAUUCUGACAGUAGCUUUUGAAAAUAUCACCAACUAACUACCGUUAGGUUCGUAUAUUGACAAAGAAGUUUUAAAAGUUAUAUGCCUGUAUGUACAGGAAAUAGCUGAUUAGGAGCAGAUUGUCGUCGUUUCGUCCACCGAUUGUCCGGGUGAACGGGGUCAAAAUGAAUGUUUGAAUGUCAUUCCAAACUUGGCGAAUGUGAGGGAGCGACUGCAGGCAUCCGUAGGCAAAUUACGACGUAUUUUGCGAAGUGAUUGACGUCUCGGACGUCGUGCUGUUCGCAACCAUAUGUCGUGGCUUGUUUGUGCCUGUGCCACUUAUAGAGUCAAUGUAUGGUGGAAAGCAGCCACGGUAGUCUUGGGGUCCUUUAAUACAGAGUUGUAUGAUUUUUGACUGUUUGCCUGUAUGUCAUUCCGUCUUAACGAAUGCUAUGCAGGUUUUGUUAGAUGCACCCCCUCUUGACUUGAUUGUCCCCUUGGAGUUCGCUCCAACCUGCUAGUUCUAAAGGUUGAGUGACGUAUGAGUACAUUAGAGACAUUGGGUUUUUUUGAGGGUGACCCAAACUUCAGAUUAUGUCUGAGUCUGGGUUUUCUGCUUACGUGACUACGUGGCUACAUGGCAUGGGCCUCUGAAUCCAUUUUUGCAUCAGAGGCACCGAUCUGAUAGGUCAGAUUGUUUUGCGGGGCGCGAGUAGAAGACUGGGAGCAUGUAAUUGCAGAAUGCCCGAUGUACUUGGUCAUUAGGAGUCUGGGUGAUAUGGGGAUUAGCUGGACUGAUGGACGUUUAGAUGUUAGCGGUGUGAUCAACACUAGUCAGAAUGCAGAACAGUUAGAGUCGAGUUGCGCUUGAAUUCUUUAGGCCGCGAAGGCGUUUAACCGAGAAUUAGUUCUGCGUGAAUGGUGUGUGCGUGUAAUGUGCGUAUGGAAUCCAACCCCUGGUUAUCAGUCCAAAGCAGUAUGUAAGAUCAACAGGUAUUAGUUUCGUCUACGAGGUUUGAGUGUAAACUUAAUUCUGGUACCACGGGUAACAGGAGCCCUUGGAGUUCUAUCGUCUUCGGUCUCUUUUUUUCUUGAGGUCGAUUCUUGCAGGGAUUUCACUUGGUCAACUUAGAACGCCGAUCUGUUGUGGGUAACUCAAGCUAAAAAUGGAGCCAAAAUUAGAAUUAAAUUUAAUAAAAAUCUUUUUUCCUAUACGUGUAUGACGAGCAAGUCUUGAUUGAGCAGAGAUUAAUCACACGUUUUAAAAUCGUCGCCGACAAUUACUCACACACAUGCAACAUAUGGCAAAAGUGUGCUAAGUUGAAAAACAAAAAAAAACUUACUUAAACAAACAAGGAAUUUUUCAAUGAGAUUUGAACUUUUUUACAUUAAAAUCUAUGUAUUUAAUAAUUAAUAUUAAGGAACAAGCAACACAAACAUACAUACAUACAUAUAUUAAACUAUUUAGUAUGAGAGUAGUAGUAUUAGAGAAUCAGUGUUACAAAAUCAAAACCAAAGAAACUCUACGCAUAGAGAAAUGUUAAAUUUUUAAUCAAAAAGAACAAUUUAUUGAAGGAAAAUAUAGUAAUAGAUUCAUGCAUACAAACACACAUAUGUGCGUGUGCUAGCAAGCUAGUUAGAAAAGGGUUAAGAAAGAGUGAUAGUUGUGAGGAAGGCAGAGAUUUGCGAUUUGUUUACACUUUAAGACUUUAAAUAGCUGAAGACAAGGACAAACAAAGUCGAAAAUCACCAAACUGAAACCACGUUUUUCGUUUUGAACAUUUGCGCAGCUAUUAAAGUAGUUAAAUAGAAGAUUAAAUACCGUUAAAAUAUGAAUCAAAAUUUUUCCAAAUAUCACCGUUGUAGUUAAUAAAAAAUAUACUGAAACGUUCGAAAUGCACCGAAAAAAAAGAAAAAUUUAUUACGUUACAUUUUUUAUUGAUGAAUCACAUAUUCUACUUUCAGCGGUAAGGGUCAAUUAGGUCAUGCAAGAAAACUUUAAUUUAAUUUUUUAAUUAGUGAAAAUAAGAUAUUAAAUAAUAAACCAUUGUUAGAAAUGCAGGGAACAUCAUUUAUAGAACGUAGGAAUUGUCUGAGCGAAUUUUCCAAAUGCUUAUUGUAGUUUGUAGUUGCAACAAAUGAUUGCAUAAUAUAAUAACAGUAAAUAAAAAAAAAAACA